AUGCGGACUUCCGAGGCCAAUUCCUACGCAUUUCCUAAGCCUAUUUAUGCAGCUAACAUUAAACAAAUUGCAGAUGGUGAUCAAAAAAAGAAAAGAAUGAAAUCUGAUUCAGAUCUCUCUUGCAUUUCUCCUUCAUGUGGAUUCAUAUUGAGGCUUGUGUUGGUAGCUGCAAGAGUCACCUCAGAUGCUGAGAAGGACGAGUGGUUUGUUGUAAGUGAUAAAUUUGAUGAGAAAACGAAAGAAUUUGAAGUAAUGGAUGAGGAGCCAGGUGAUGAUGAAGAGGGUGAUUACAGGAAGUACAAGCUGCCUGCAUCUUGCAUUAUACCAUUCCCCAAGCAGAACGAUCCUUCUAGUACUCGAGAAUUCGCUGCUGGGAGACAUGUUUUGGCUGUUUAUCCAGGAACAACUGCACUUUAUAAAGCAACUGUCGUUAGUACACCUCGAAAGAGGAAAUCCGACGAGUACCUACUAGAAUUUGAUGACGACGAAGAAGACGGAGCUUUGCCACAGAAGAUGGUACCGUUUCGCAAAGUGGUUCCAUUGCCAGGACAUAGACAAUGA